AUGGUAGAACUAGGUCAAUCAGGGUUGAGGCCUUGUCAAAUUAAAAAGGUUGUAAAUGCAAUGAAAACUUCAUAUGAUGUCGAUGUUACCUCAAAGCAAUGUGCCGAUGUUUUAUCUGAGCAACGUAAACAAUAUAAAGGUAAAGAGUUUUAUGGGCUAAUCAAACAUUUCCAAGAUAAAGCAUUAGUUGAUAGUAACCAGUAUUUUGCCGUGGAUUUGUUUGAAGAUGGGUCUCCUAAAAAUGUUUUUUGGGCCGAUGGAAGAUCACGAGAGGCAUAUACUAAAUUUGGGGACGUCGUUGUGUUUGACGUCACAUACAUGACAAAUAAAUUUAAGAUGCCAUUUGCUCCGUUUGUUGGUGUGAAUCAUCAUGGCCAGUCUAUAUUGUUUGGUGGUGCAUUGCUAGAAAAUGAAAAAGAAGAAACUUUUCGAUGGCUAUUUGAGCAUUUUUUAAAUUGUAUGUUUAGAAAGUAUCCAGCGACAAUGAUAACAGACCAGGAUAAAGCUAUGGGUAAUGCAAUCAAGAAAUUGUUUCCAAACACUCACCAUCGUUUCUGUGCAUGGCACAUUAAGAAGCAUGAAUUGGAACAUCUGUGA